AUGCUGGUAAAACCUGUUGCGAUUGCGUUGAAUCCGACAGACUGGAAGCAUAUUGACGCGGGUGUGGUGGGAGCCGUCGUGGGCUGCGACUAUUCAGGCAUCGUGGAGGCCGUAGGCAAGGGAGUCAGGAAGAAGUUCAAGAAGGGCGAUCGGGUCUACGGUGUCGUCCAUGGCUGCAACAGACAAGAACCAGACGACGGGGCGUUUGGCAACUACAUCCUUGUCAAAGCAGACGUUCAGUCGCAUAUUCCAGACAACCUAUCCUUCGAGGAGGCCGCCACACUCGGGGUGGGCAUCAUAACCGUGUGUCAAGGGUUAUAUCUUGGUCUUGGAUUGGAUCUGCCCACCUCCCCCAGCUCCAAGAGGACGCCGGUGCUGAUAUACGGUGGCAGCACGGCGACUGGCUCGUUGGGCAUCCAAUUUGCAAAACGGUCCGGCUUUGCCCCAAUCGCAGUCUGUUCCCCGCGGAAUUUCGAGUUCGUUAAAAGACUAGGCGCCGUGGCGGCUUUCGACUAUCACGACUUGGACUGUGGCCUCAAGAUCCGUGAAUUUACCGGGAAUAAAUUAAAACUGGCCUGGGACACCAUAUCGCUCCCUGCCAGCGCACGCAUAUGCGCUCAUGCCAUUUCCACCAGUCCCGGCGGUCGAUACUUUGCUCUGCUGCCGGAGCCCUGUCCUCGAGAUGACGUCGAGUCGAGCUACACCAUGGCCUACUAUAUGUUUGGCGAGAAAGUCCAAAUGUCCGAGGAUGGGCCGGUGAUACCCCCGGAUCACUCCGGGUUUCGAUACGCGAAGGAGUUUGUCUCCAUGGCAAACCAGUUGCUUGCGGACGGCAAGAUCAAGGUCCAUCCUCAACAAGUGUGCGGCGGUGGCCUUGCGGGAGCACUCGAGGGCCUAGAGAUGAUGAGAGACGGCAAGGUGACUGGCAGCAAGCUGGUAUACCGGGUGGCGGAGACUCCUGGCCUAGAACCCCCCGACUCGACAUAA